AUGGAUGAGGGACCCCUCAAGCUGGCACAGGCCAAACGCCGGCUGGACCUGGAGGCGGAGCUUCGUGACCUAAGCAACCAGGCGGUAACGGAGCUGUCAAUCAACUCCGUGUGCCCCGCCCACCUCCUGCAGGUGGCGGCUUUGGGGCGGAGCCUGGCGCACGAAAGGGGGCGGAGCUUGGCGGAGGGCGGGGCUUUGAGAGCCCUCGAGAUCGCGGUGGGCGGAGCCAAAGCGAGAGUGGGCGGAGCCUUCCGGGCCCGGGAUCGAGCAUGGGAGCGGCUGCGCCAACAGCAGGUGGACGGGGCCAGCGAUGGGGGCGUGGCCUGCGAAUGGAUCGGGGAUAAAGGGGCGUGGCCUAACGUAACCCCGCCCACUCAGGAGGCGGGGCGAGGCUUGUGGGCAGAGCUUGAGGCGGCGCGUGCGGCGCGGGAAGGGGCGGAGCUUCGGGCACAGGAGGCGGAGUCACAAUGCCGGGAAAAAGAGGCGGAGCUGAAGAGGCUGCGGCAGGCAGUGGCUGCAGCCCACCAUGCCCGGCAGAAGGCAGAACAGGACCGGGAUGACAUCUCCACCCACCUGCCCCCUCCACCCCCACCCACCCCCUAUGGGUGCAGGGGGGACCAGGACCCUGCGGGGCUGCAGGCAGCGCUGGUGGAACUGCGGGAGCACAACUGGGAGCUGCGGCAGCGCCUGCAACAAAGGCACGAGGAGGCACAGGAGCUGCAGCGGGCACUGAUGGCUGCAAAAGCACGGACCAGGGCAGCAGCAGAGGCAAGGGCACAGCUGGAAAGGGAGCAGAGGGGGCUGCAGGGGAGGCUGCAGCACCCUUGGGUGCCCCCACACCCGACUGAAGCCACCCUGCGUGCCCGCUGCCUUCACCUGCAGGAGAUGCUGCAGCAAGAGGCAGGGGCGAGGGCAGCUCUGGGUCGGGCAGCGCGGGCAGCAGGACGGCAGCUGAGGGGGCUGCAGGCAGAGCUGGAGGAGCAGCGGCUGCGGGGGGAGCGGUACCGGCUGCAGGCGGAGGCCACCGAGGCAGCACAUCGUGCCCUACAGGACCAGCUGGCCGUGGUGACAUCGGGGACAUCCCGUGCCCACGCUCAGGGUCAGAUCCUUCGCCGGGCUCUGGAGGACAUCGGGGACGGCACUGCAGCCACUGCCUGUCAUGUGGCUGCACUGCGGGUCCGCCUCAGGUGGGACCUAUGGGACCUCAUUAUGGCACCCUAUAGCUCCCUAGGGCACCCUAAAGCCCUCCACAGCCCCUAUUAGAGCCCCUUACAGCCCCUAUAGCACCCUGCAGCAUCUUAGAGUCUCUAUAGCACCCUAUAGCCUCCCCACAGCCCCUAUAGCCCCUUAAAGCACCCUGUAGCACCUUAUAACUCCCCACAGCCCCUAUAGCACCCUGUAGCCCCCCACAACCCCUAUAACACCCUGUAGCCCCCUAUAGCCCCUUAUAGCCCCUGUUGCACCCUACAGCCACCCCAACAUUCCCUAUAGCACCCUAUAGCCCCUAUUGCACCCUACAGUCCCCCACAGCCCCUACAGCACCUUGUAGUCCCUAUAGCACCUACAGCCACCCCAACAGGCCCUAUACGGCCUGAUAGCCUCCUACAACCCCUAUAGCACUCUAUAGCCCCCCACAGUCCCUAUAUCCUCUUAUAGCCCCUAUAGCGCCCUACAGCCACCCCAACAGUCCCUAUAGCACUCAAGGGCCCCUAUAGCACCCUGUAGCCCCUCACAGCCCCUAUAGCACCCAAUGGCCCUUAUAGCACCCUAUAGAGCCCCACAGCUCCUAUAACACCCUGUAGUCCCUAUAGCACAUGACAGACCUCCCCACAGUCUCCUAUGGUGCCCCAUAGCACCCCACAGCCCUUAUAGUCUCUUAUAGCCACUAUAGCGCCCUACAGCCACCCCAACAGGCCCUAUAAAACCCUAUAGCCCCUAUAACACCCUAUAGCCCCCCAUAGCUCCUUACAGCCCCUGUUGCACCCUACAGCCCCUAUAGCACCCAAGGGCCCCUACAGCACCCUAUAGUACCCCACAGUCCCUAUAGUACCCUAUAGCCCCUAUUGCACCCUACAGUCCCCCACAGCCCUUACAGCACCUUGUAGUCCCUGUAGCGCCUACGGCCACCCCAACAGCCCCUAUAGCACCCUACAGCCCCCCACAGCCCCUAUAACACCCUGUAUUCCCUAUAGCACACUGCAUAGGGCUGUGUAGGGUGAGGGGGAUGUGUGUGUAUGUGGGGGGCAUAUGGGGCCAGAAGGAUGA